AGCAUUACAGCGAGGAAGGCUCCACCAGAUGGCAGUUUAGGAUUGUUCCUUUCUGCUCCAAGGCGCGGUUCCCGCUUCUCACGACAUAUUUACAAUAUUAAAAUCUACACACUUUUAUCAGAUAUAUCGAUUAUUUUAUUUCGGAAGACUGUAAUCGAUUGGUCAAUGGCCGGUAAAGGGGCUGGUGUGUUGUGAGGUGCUGUGUCCCCAGUGUUGAGUGAAUUUGGUCACCACUCUGUAACCCCCCCCCCCACACACACACACACACACACACACACGGUUGACCAAGUACCGAGCCACACCCCUCCUUCCAGCGGACCACACACACCCACCCUUUCCUGAGGACACACACCCCUCCCUCCAGCGGACCACACACACCCACUCUUUCCUGAGGACACACACCCCUCCCUCCAGCGGACCACACACACCCACUCUUUCCUGAGGACACACACCCCUCCCCUGCAGCAGUCAGGAUGAUCACCUCUGAGCUGCCUGUCCUACAGGACUCGUCCAAUGAGAGCGGAGCGGCAGACACAGUGAGUCUGAGUGUGAGUGUGAGUGAGCUGGAGGACCCGACAGACACUAAAGGCAAGAAGAAGAGAGGGAGGCCUGGCAGACCACCAGCAGCCAAUAAGAAGCCUCGGAAGUCCCCAGCGGAGAAGGCUACAGGCGGGGCUAAAGGGAGGAAGGCCAAUGGGGUCCCUCAGACCAACGGCGAGGGAGGAGACCCCGUCACUCUGUUUGAGGUGGUCAGAAUGGGAAAGAGUGCCAUGCAGUCUGUGGUUGAUGACUGGAUCGAGUCGUACAAGCAGGACCGAGACAUCGCCUUACUGGACCUCAUCAACUUCUUUAUCCAGUGUUCUGGCUGCAAAGGCACCGUGCGCAUCGAGAUGUUCCGGAACAUGCAGAACGCUGAGAUCAUCAGGAAGAUGACAGAGGAGUUUGACGAGGACAGUGGGGACUACCCUCUCACCAUGCCCGGGCCGCUGUGGAAGAAGUUCCGCUACAACUUCUGUGAGUUCAUCUGCGUAUUAAUACGUCAGUGCCAGUACAGCAUCAUCUACGAUGAGUACCUCAUGGACACGGUCAUAUCCCUCCUCACGGGACUGUCUGACUCACAGGUCAGAGCUUUCAGACACACCAGCACACUGGCAGCGAUGAAGUUGAUGACAGCGUUGGUGAACGUGGCGUUGAACCUCAGUAUCCACCAGGACAACACCCAGAGACAGUAUGAGGCUGAGAGGAACAAGAUGGCCGGAAAACGGGCCAAUGAGAAGCUAGAGCUGCUGCUGCAGAAGAGGAAGGAGCUCCAGGAGAACCAGGAUGAGAUUGAGAACAUGAUGAACUCUAUCUUCAAAGGAAUCUUUGUCCACCGCUACAGGGAUGCUAUAGCUGAGAUCAGAGCUAUCUGUAUUGAGGAGAUUGGAGUUUGGAUGAAGAUGUACUCUGACGCCUUCCUCAACGACAGCUACCUGAAAUAUGUAGGAUGGACCUUACACGACCGGGUAGGCAUGCGCGCGCGCGCACACACACACCACACACACCACACAGAGACACUUACUCUCUGUCUCUCUCUUUCUCUCUCUCUCUCUCUGUCUCUCUCUGUCUGUCUUGCUCUCUCGCUCUCUCGCCCUCUCUCUCGCUCUCUCUCGCUCUCCCCCUCUCUCGCUCUCCCCCCUCUCUCUCAGCACCUAGAUGCCUUACUGAAGCAGAUCCGCCUGGUGGUGGAGAAACACAUUGAGACAGAUGUUCUGGAGGCCUGCAGUAAGACCUACAGCAUCCUGUGUUCUGAGGAGUACACCAUCAUGAACAGAGUGGACAUCGCCCGCUCGCAACUCAUCGACGAGAUAACGGACCGCUUCACACACUCCGUAGAAGACCUGCUGCAAGAGGCCGAGGAGGCCGACGAUGACGACAUCUACAACGUUCUGUCUACCCUCAAGAGACUCACGGCCUUCCACAAUGCUCAUGACCUGACGCGGUGGGACCUGUUUGGUAGCUGCUACAGGUUGUUGAAGGCUGGUAUUGAGCAGGGGGCCAUGCCAGAGCAGAUCGCUGUCCAGGCCCUGCAGUGUUCCCACUACUCCAUACUGUGGCAGCUGGUGAAAAUCACAGAGGGAACUCCUAGUAAGGAGGACCUGGUGGCUCUGAGGAGAGUGGUGAAGUCCUUCCUGGCUGUCUGUCAGCAGUGUCUGUCCAAUGUCAACACACCUGUCAAAGAACAGGCCUUCAUGUUGUUGUGUGACCUGCUGAUGGUCUUCAGUCACCAGUUGGUGUCUGGGGGCAGAGAAGGACUGGAGGCCCUGGUGUUCAACCCAGACAGCACCUUACAGAACGAGCUGCUCACCUUCAUCCUGGACCACGUCUUUAUAGACCAGGACGAUGAGAACCAGAGCAUGGAAGGCGAUGAGGAGGAUGAAGCCAAUAAGAUAGAAGCCCUUCACAAGAGGAGAAACCUGCUCGCAGCCUUCAGCAAACUCAUCAUCUAUGACAUCGUGGACAUGCCUGCUGCUGCUGACAUCUUCAAACACUACAUGAAGUAUUAUAAUGACUAUGGUGAUAUCAUCAAGGAGACUCUCAGUAAGACCAGACAGAGUGAUAAGAUCCUCUGUGCCAAAACCCUCAUCCUCAGUCUGCAACAGCUGUUCAACGAGCUUCUCCAGGACCAGGGUCCUACUCUGGACAGAACGUCGUCUCACGUCAGCGGCAUCAAGGAGUUGGCCCGGCGCUUCGCCCUCACCUUCGGCCUGGACCAGAUCAAAACCAGAGAGGCUGUCGCUACACUGCACAAGGAUGGUAUAGAGUUUGCCUUUAAGUACCAGAACCCCCAUGGUGCAGAGUUCCCUCCUCCUAACCUGGCCUUCCUAGAGGUCCUCUCAGAGUUCUCCUCCAAACUGCUGCGACAGGACAAGAAGACUGUUCACUCGUAUCUGGAGAAGUUCAUGUCGGAGUCGAUGUCAGAGCGUCGUGAGGACGUGUGGCUGCCCUUAAUCUCCUACCGGAACAGUCUGCUAACAGGAGGAGAGGAUGGGGACCGGAUGUCGGUAACGUCAGGCGCCAGCAGCAAGACCAGCUCCAUCCGCAGCAAGAAGGGACGGACGCCAAUACACAAGAGUAAACGCAUCGAGGAGGAGAGUAGUGUGGAGGCCUCCUGGCUUCGUGGUAAUGACAGCCUCCAGACACCGGGGGCGCUAACCACCCCUCAGCUCACCUCCACCGUCCUCAGAGAAAACCCACGGCAGGCAGCGGACACACACCUACCUGACCACGACUCUGAACCUGGCUCAGAGAACGACUAUGUACACAAUCCCCAGAUGCAGAUGUCUUGGCUAGGCCAACAGAAGAUGGAGGACAGCAGGAAGGAUAGAACAGCCAUGAACUACAUGAAGGCCCGCAACCAGACUGUCAGACAAACUGUUCGUGGUCUGAUGGAGGAUGACGCAGAGCCAAUCUUUGAGGACGUCAUGAUGUCAUCGCGAGGUCAACUGGAGGACAUGAACGAGGAGUUCGAAGACACCAUGGUCAUCGACCUGCCUCCCUCCAGGAACAGACGUGAGAGGGCGGAGCUCAGACCAGACUUCUUCGACUCAGCAGCCAUGAUCGAGGACGAGUCGGGUUUCACCAUGCCCAUGUUCUGAUCCAGUGUUCCUGAUCCUUCCUGGAAGGGGGAGGGGCCUUCGACAGGAUGAGCUGUCAAUCAAACUUCAGACUGUCUGUCAGAACUUUUAUCACACACACUUGAACACCCAGACGAACUCUGAUCAGCCAGUUGACGGCCUUGUGUGUGUGUGUGUGUGUGGAUCUGUUGGGAUCUACCCUGAAGCUCCAGGGAUCCACUCACUGACCGGCCGAAGGAUCCCACUCAACCCUGAGAAUUUCGGACAAAAUAUCGUACAUAGAGAAGAUCUUUUAUCGUUCAGUGGAUGUGUGGGUGUGUUGGCUACAAACCGAACAGAAUAUCGGACAAAACAUUGUUCCGCAUUUCUUUUAAAAUAUUGUAAACUUUCGGCCCUUCCUUCCUGACUUCUUUUAACUUCCUGUUAUUGUUAGCGUUCUGGCUAAUCUCUCCGCUAGCUCUGUGGUACUCAUGGCCCUGUGCGCCCGGCUAUACAGUCCCCCAUGCCACACAGUUGUAUGGUUGUUGCGUUCCACUUCCGACGUCAUGUAUAGACCCCCCCCAGAUGGAACUUGAUAUUUAAUGUGAUAAAUCUUUACUCUCUCACUCCUGUCUCUCUUUACUCUCUCUUCCCUUUCAAUAGUGUUGAGAAUAUCCUGUAUUUGGUUUUAUUGGCAAAUGCACCAAACAGCGAGCAAUGGGACCAGAACUAGAAGAGUUCUCAUUGGCCAUACAAGAGGCUGUGACAUCAUAGCCAAAUCCCAAGCCACUCCCCAUCAGAGCUUCAGACAGACACACGGUGGAAUCGCGGCUUUUUAAAGACAAAUAUAUUUUGAAUUUCAGUAGCUUUAGUACAAAGUUUUAAAUGAAGUGAGUUUUUAAAAUGUUUUGUCUGAUUUAUUUGUUUGUACAGUUAUCUUUCUGAAAAAGUAUCUUGUUUGUUGCCAAACGGUUGCCUAAAUGCUUAUAUCUGAUUAGUCCCUACUGCUCAGGCUGUUGCCAUGGAUACCCAGCCUGUUAAGCGCCAUAUAAGGGUGUGUCCAGUGCAACCACAGAUAGUUGUGCAGGCUCAGUCUAAAGUGACUUCCUUUUCAUCUGCACUGAUGAGGAAGACCUGGACAGGUAACUGCUAAUAUCCAGUAGCCUUCUACCAUAUUCAUUUUGCCUGUGCUCUUUUCAGAUCAGUGCAUAUGAAGGUGGAGACUACCCCUCUAGUCUUAUGUGGCUGUAGUUACACAUAACAGUUGAUUGGUUGUCUUAUCACUUUGACCCACCCCUAUUGUUCUUCUACUGGCUGGUUAAGCUGCCCUUCUGUAAAUAUCAGAGAUGAUUGGUUCUUUCUGUAGCGAUGGCAUCACCUGCCCUUUAACCUUCUAAAAUACUGUGUUUUUUUUUCUUCCUGUGAACUUGUUGAUCUUAUCUUUUUUAAAUAAAUCAAAUCUGUAAUCUAA